UUUCUCUAUAAAAAAAGAAAGUUCUCUUUUUUUUUUCAUUCUUCUUCAGAAAAAACUGAUUCAUUUUGUUAAUUUUUUCACUAACAAGACCAUGCAUUCAAAUCAUUUACUUCUUGAAGAACCCAUUAGGAUGGCUUCCAUAUUGGAGCCAUCCAAAGCUGGUUUUUUUCCUGCAAUGACGAAGAUUGUUGGAACAUUGGGUGCAAAAUCUCGAUCCGUUGAGGUUCUUUCAGCAUGUCUUAAAGCUGGAAUGUCAGUGGCAAGAUUUGAUUUUUCAUUGGGUGAUACUAAAUAUCAUCAGGAGACAUUGGAGAAUUUGAAGAGUUCUAUUAAGAGCACUAAGAAGCUAUGUUCUGUCAUGCUAGAUACUGCAGGUCCAGAGCUAACGGUUGUUAAUAAGAGUGAGAAACCUAUUUCACUUGAGGCAAAUGCAACUAUUACUCUUACACCUGAUGAAGGCCAGGAAGCAUCUUCUGAAGUGUUUCCAAUCAAUUUUGGUGGAUUAUCCAAGGCAGUGAAGAAGGGAGACACAAUUUUUAUUGGCCAAUACCUCUUCACAGGAAGUGAAACGACGUCUGUGUGGCUGGAGGUAGAUCAAGUGAAAGGGGAUGAUGUAGUUUGCAUUGUCAAGAACUCUGCCACGUUAACUGGGUCAUUGUUCACUCUGCAUGCUGCUCAGAUUCACAUUGAUUUACCUACUCUCUCAGAUAAAGAUAAGAAGGUUAUUAGCACAUGGGGAGUCCAAAACAAAAUUGAUUUUCUUUCAUUAUCAUUUACCAGGCAUGCUGAGGAUGUUCGUGAGGCACGUGAAUUCUUAUGUAAGCUGGGUGAUCUAAGCCAAACUCAGAUCUUUGCCAAAAUUGAAAACGAAGAGGGCUUGAAACAUUUUGAUGAUAUACUUCAAGAGGCUGAUGGGAUCAUCCUUUCUCGUGGAAACCUUGGUAUAGAUCUCCCACCUGAGAAGGUGUUCUUGUUCCAGAAGGCAGCUGUUUACAAGUGUAACAUGGCUGGCAAGCCUGCUGUAGUAACACGUGUUGUUGAUAGUAUGACUGACAAUCUUAGGCCAACUCGUGCCGAAGCAACAGAUGUUGCUAAUGCUGUCUUGGAUGGUACUGAUGCAAUUCUUCUUGGUGCUGAAACUCUACGUGGAUUAUACCCAAUUGAGACUAUUUCAACUGUUGGAAAAAUUUGUGCUGAGGCAGAGAAGGUCUUUAACCAAGAUUCAUACUUCAAGAGAACAGUCAAAUUUGUUGGGGAGCCCAUGUCACAUCUGGAAUCAAUUGCGUCCUCUGCGGUCCGGGCAGCAAUUAAGGUGAAAGCAUCAGUAAUUAUUUGUUUCACUUCAUCUGGAAGGGCAGCACGAUUGAUAGCCAAAUAUAGGCCAACAAUGCCAGUAUUGUCUGUUGUAAUUCCUCGACUGAAGACAAAUCAAUUGAAGUGGAGCUUUACCGGCGCAUUUGAGGCAAGGCAGUCUCUUAUUGUGAGGGGUCUUUUCCCAAUGCUUGCUGAUCCUCGACAUCCUGCUGAGUCUACGAAUGCAUCAAACGAGUCUGUGCUGAAAGUUGCCCUCGAUCACGGGAAGGCCUCAGGAGUUGUGAAGUCCCACGAUCGAGUUGUCAUCUGCCAGAAAGUUGGAGACGCGUCGGUGGUUAAGAUUAUUGAACUGGAAGGUUAAGCUUCUAGUUAUCCUUCUUUUUUUUUUUGGAUGUGAUGGUAGAGUGUUAAAGUCAUCAGAAGUUGAGGUUCUAAUAUUGAUAUCCUAUAGUUAGUAUAUUGUGGACAAUUCUUGUGGUCAGAACUUGCAAUUUCGAGAGACAAGUAUCUCGUGGAAGUAGUCGAGCUGGUUCCGACAUCAUGAUUAUAAAAAAAAAAAAUAGAAGAAAGAGAAGUAUGGUGUCUCUUAUCUAGUUUAGGUAUAUGAGUCUUGUUUAUUUUUCUUCUUGAUGUUAUGGAGAUGUCCAUAACAAGUUAUUUUGUUAUGUUUAUUACCACUCAGAUAUUAUUAGUAAUAAAAAAUUUUGAAGUAUGUUUU